AUGACUUCCUUUAGUGCUGCCAACAUUAAUAAGACUUGUUUACGAGUAUUCCGAGCCCCCGAGGCAGCCGGUGUUUUAUCGAAUUGGCCUAUUGGAACAGAUAUUUCACAUCAAACAUCAGUUGUUAUCAAGUAUCGCUACAGCCGCUGCUCUAGUCUGAAAAACAACUUGAAACGAGGGUCAGUACUCUGCCACCGCCUACGACUGCACCGCCGAUGCAGCCGUCCA